AUGCCGGAAUUAUUUACUCUGCAGCCAGCAAUACAUAAUCGGAAAAAUCCCAGCUUUCGACAAUCGUCUAAGCUUCUCAAUUAUAAUCAGUCUACAAAGAGACCAUCAAAAAAUACAUACCAAGAACGAACUGAGAUAUAUUAUGUACCUGAAACGACGAAGAAUGGACCCAUAUAUAAUAAACAACCACAUAAAUCACCUACACCCUCGGUACACAGCGAUGAUCUAAUACCAGAUGAUGAGCCAGGUCUGUAUCAUUUACCAACUUCGAACCGAGCUAAUAGACCGACGGCAAGAAAAAUCUAUUAUAAACCUCUCCGGUAUAAUCCAAAGUAUGUGGCACCACGGAAUAAACCACUCACGCCUCCAGUUCGAAAGGCAAAUCCCGCACCAGCACCACCGUUAACAAAAUCUACGCGAGCAUCGACACCACCGAUGAGAAAGUCGACUCCACCGUCGUCGUUACCAGGUGUUCAGUCCUACCCGACACCCUCGCCGUCGCCACCGACUGUUGCCAGCUAUCAACCAUUGAUUCUGGGUGCACCUGAGCUGUACCAUUUGGACCAUGAUAAAGCCGUCUAUCGUCAACCAACACCAGUACUCCAACAACCAUAUAAAUCGCCAUCGCCGUCACCAGAAAAAUCUCAUCGAACGCCGCCGCCGCCGGUCCAAGAGCAGCAGCCGAUACUUCGGCAAACCUAUCCUCUAUCUCUUGGCCCUACUGAAUUGUAUCAUUUAGACCGUGUAACAACGAGCAAUUCACCCGUUCAACCUGAACCGAAACGUCUCGAACAAUCGUACAAAUCACCUCCACCACCAGUGCCAUCGGCCAAACAAUCUGCUCUGCCUCCACCACCAUCAGCUAAAUUAACCACACCACCGCCACAAUUAGUAACACCGAUUAAUACUGGAGCUGAAUUGUACCAUCUAGAUCAGGAGGAUAUUGAAUAUCCGCCAGUGUCUGAAGAGCCGAAACGUGUAGAAUCAUCUUACAAAACUCCACCACCAGCAUCUGCUCCUAAACUGACUGCACCGCCGCCUGCCAGUAUUGGACCAGAAUUGUAUCAUCUGAAUAAAGACGAUACUGUGUACCCAAUAGUGUCUGAGGAACCAAAGCACGUUGAACAAGUACACAAAUCACCACCACCACCGCCUAUUCAAGCAAUUUCUCCUCCACCUCAACAGCUGAUGUCGAAAUUGAAUACGCCACCAGUUCAACGACCAGAGUUCUAUCACAUGGAUUUCAAUGGAGCAGAUCCAGAACCCAUUCUUGCUGACCCCAAGCCUGUUGAACCGUCUUAUCAUUCACCUUUACCAUCAGCUAAAAAGUCUUCUCCAGUACCAGUCGAUGUACCUCCUCCACCAUCUCAAAAUGGACCAGAAUUGUAUCAUAUGAAAGUUGAUGUAAGUGACAGUCCGCCAGUUCUUCAAGAACCACCACAUAGAACACCUACUCCGCUUCCUACACCAGUGCUUAGUAAACCUGCUUCGGCACCACCACCACCACCAUCGCCACCACAGAACAAACCCGAAGUGUACUACAUAAAACUUGAUGAACGACCUGAAUCGCAAGCAGCACCCCUGUCAAAGCCGGCAACUCCUAGAGUACCUUCCGGUAAAAAUCGAGUUUCACCUAUGCCUUCCACAACAUCGCUUAGACCAGGCCCAGAAAUGUACUAUUUGCAAACAGUUGUUGACGAAAUCAGUCGACCACCAUCAGUUCACGAAGUCGUUACACCAGAGAAGGCACCUACACCGAAACCAGCCACUCCACAACCCAUUCUUACCAAAGCGCGAACACCUCCUCCGAGAGUAUCAUCACCGCCACGACCACGACGUCGUACACCAACACCACCACGCCGGCAACGAACACCCACACCCCCUCGGCGACGACCUCCUGUCGGACGCCCAAUACGCACCGCUGCUCCUCUCGCUCUUCCGAAUCGUAAACCAAAGCGACCUGUUUAUGAUGAUGAUGAUGAUGAUGAUGUAGCUAAUAUUCCAACUAGACGGCCGUCAUUUUCUACAGCGCUUCAAGAUGUAUUAACAUCUGAUCGUACUGUACCUUUAUCGACUUCAAAAGCAUCGGACAGCAUCAUACGAAGUAUGAACAAGUUUCGCUUUCCUGAAGAGUAA